UGUUGCCCUUUGCCUGCUGGAGAGCAAACGUGGAGGCGCGACCCCGUUAAAGAUUAACUGAAGCUCCUUGUACAGUAUUAGAAGUGUGGAUGUUGUGAAGGAAAGAAGACUGGAUUGUUGUUUAGGUCUAAACAAGGACGGCUAAGAAGAUGACGGCGACUUGGUGCGUGAAUCUCCUCAGGAAAUGGAGGUUUUGGCGCGAAACUUGCCGCACGUCACCGCUGGUCAGGGGUUUGGCGAAUAAGAGUGAUGAUGGUUGGUUGAGGUCCAUGUUUGCACACCAAGUGGAUGCCAGGAAAGAUGCCCACUCCAACCUGCUCUCCAAGAAAGAGACCAGCGGCCUCUACAAAAUACAGUUUCACAAUGUCAAACCAGAGUGCUUGGAGGCCUACAACAAGCUAUCAACCGAGGUCCAAAAAGAGCUGCACAAUGAUGCAGAUUACCCCUGCGAAGUGGUGGGAAGCUGGAACACAUGGUAUGGAGAGCAGGACCAGGCAGUGCAUCUGUGGAGAUACUACGGUGGAUAUCCAGCACUAACAGAAUGCCUGAACAAACUUAGACUUAACAAGUCAUAUCUUGAGUUUCGCGAAGAGAGGAGUAAAAUGCUGAUCUCGCGACGGAACCAGCUUCUGCUAGAGUUCAGCUUCUGGAACGACCCUGUACCCAGACCUGGACCCAAUAUAUAUGAAAUGAGAACAUACAGAUUAAAGCCUGGCACAAUGAUAGAGUGGGGAAAUCACUGGGCCCGAGCUAUCAAAUACCGCCAAGAGAACAACGAGGCUGUAGGAGGAUUCUUCACACAGAUUGGAGAGCUCUAUGUUGUUCACCAUCUGUGGGCUUAUAAGGACCUGCAGUCCAGAGAGGAGACCAGAAACUCAGCAUGGUUGAAAGAGGGCUGGGAUGCUAACGUGCACUACACGGUGCCUUUAAUUCAGAGUAUGGAGUCGAGGAUUUUGAUUCCCACAGCGAGCUCCCCUCUGCAAUGACGGAGAGGCAGACAGAGCCUUUGGAGUCCGCGGUCGUGAAGAGAUGUUGACGCUCCAGUGGAUUCUCAUCUUCUCUGGACUGGAAAAUGACUUGAAAAAAGAAAAGAACUUCAGUUAUUAGAUUCAGCUGAAAAAGAAAAUUGAGUUUUAACAUUUUAUAUUUCUUUGUGGGGAAAAAUGAAUCAAAGUGUUCUCUGCACUCCUGUU